UGUACAACAAGGUAUAAGGUACAUUGGGCAGAGUAUGAAGACACAGUGUUGUGCGUGUAUCGGAUACCUGCUCUUGGCGGCGGCAAAUCACGCGACCACUAGCAAUCCUAUACCGUGUAUUUACCACAAGGCACGCGUAUUGCCACGGCCACCGCUUAAACAUUUUUGCUCCAGGAAACUUCCCAAGCGAAAUCGAACCUCGAUCUCUCUCUUUCUCGACCUUGUUCGUCUGGCGCUCGCAUAUCUGCAUUACCUCUCUUACAGCUCUCCACUUCUUCGAUUGACUAGCUCCUAG